CUGUUUCCUUUCCCCCUUUUCAUCUUUAUCCCGAGUUCGAAUCGAAUAACACGCAAGAGACCCGAAUCAGUCUCCAAUCACAAUUUCUAGGGUUAAUUUGGAAUCUCCUUGCUCUUGUACAAUGCCAGAUUGAACCAAAUCGAAACCAACCCCCAAAGUUUCGAUUUUUAAUAAACCCAAUAGCCUCCAAAGAUCGAAACUUUACCAUCGCAUUAUCAAAGAUGGGCAUCCAAGAAGACCCCGGCGCUCACUCGUCAACCCGAAGGAACCCAUCAUCGCUUCCACAGACUCUCAAACAUUUCCACAGAGACCUACUCGCCGGAGCCGUGAUGGGAGGCGUCGUCCACACCAUCGUCGCCCCAAUCGAGAGAGCCAAGCUCCUCCUCCAGACCCAGGAGAGCAACAUCGCCAUCGUCGGAGACUCCUCCGGGAAGAGACGCUUCAAAGGAAUGUUCGAUUUCAUCCACCGCACGGUCCGUGAAGAAGGCGUUUUAUCCCUAUGGAGAGGCAACGGGAGCAGCGUGCUCCGCUACUACCCUUCCGUGGCUCUCAACUUCUCCCUCAAGGACCUCUACAGAAACAUCCUCCGCAACAGCAGCUCUCAGGAGAGUCACGUCUUCUCCGGGGCCUUAGCUAACUUCAUCGCUGGCUCCGCGGCGGGAUGCACGGCUUUGAUUGUUGUUUACCCUCUUGAUAUAGCUCACACGCGUUUGGCUGCUGACGUUGGGAAGAAGGAGGCUCGUCAGUUCAGAGGGAUUCAUCAUUUCUUGACGACGGUUCAGAGGAAAGACGGUGUUAGAGGGAUCUACAGAGGGUUGCCUGCGUCUCUGCACGGUGUGAUUGUUCACCGUGGGUUGUACUUUGGUGGGUUUGAUACGGUUAAGGAGGUUUUGUCUGAAGAUAAGGAGUUGGCGUUGUGGAAGAGAUGGGUUUUGGCUCAGGGUGUGACUACUUCUGCUGGUUUGGCUUCUUACCCGUUGGAUACGGUUCGGAGGAGGAUCAUGAUGCAGUCUGGGAUUGAGCAUCCGAUGUAUAGUAGCACGUUGGAUUGCUGGAAGAAGAUAUAUAGGGUUGAAGGGUUGGCUUCUUUUUACCGUGGUGCGCUUUCGAAUAUGUUUAGGAGUACUGGUUCUGCUGCGAUCUUGGUUUUUUAUGAUGAGGUGAAGAAGUUCUUGAAUUGGGGAGGGAUCUAAAAGAGGAUAACAACGGUUCAAAGAGAUAAUGAUGGACUCUAGUUCUUUAGAUACAAGAAUGUAGUCAGUUUGAGCCUGUCCAAGAUAGAGUGUGAAAGUUUCGCUUUGUGACAUAGAUUGGAUUGAUUCUCUGUUUGCUGCAAGCUCUCUGCUAUUCUUGCCAGUGAGGAAGUAUCAAGACAACUCCCAUAUGAGACUCAGGGGAUGCGUUGCAUACGAACCCCCAAACAUGGCUGAUCCGCUGCAGUUACUUAAAACAGGAGUAUUAAUUAUGUGACGCAAAGAGAUAGUGAAAUCUCUUUAUGAAACUGCUUGGUUGUUUUUUAAGAUAGGUGUGUAUAUAUAUAUAUAUAUGUAUAUGUAAAGUAGAUGCCUUCAACAAGUGCUGCUCUGAAACAAUCCAGCUUCAUGAUUUGAGAUUCAUCUUCCACUUUAAGUACUUCCUGCAAUCACUAAUGUGAAUAUGCCACAAAGGUUAGAGGUUUUUCUUAUUCUGUAAAUUUCUUAUGAAUAUCUGAAACGAAAUAUCUAUUUAGACACUAAAAUUUGCAAUAUUCAUAAUGAUUUGACAAAUCAGUUUCUUCAGUGCGUCUGUGAUUUCUAUGUCUGGUUUGGUAGAGAAUAUGACUAGCUUAAGAAGCAGGGUCAGGUUACAGAGCCUGAAAAACUGUGUUGGUCACUGCCUUAUAGAUUGGUGCCUAAAACAGAGACUUAGCCUUUUCUCUUACUGUGUUCAGAGACCAAGGUUUUUGGUUGUCUUACUGACAUUAGUUGAGUUUUUGGUUCAGAUAUUGGAGAAUAUUUGAUAAUAUCCGUUUGAUCUUAUAGGCUAAAAUUGCUUGGUGGAAACAAACCAACAGAUGGGUAAUUUAGAGGAAGGAAGCCUUGCUGCUCUCCACCUCACUCCACUUAGCCAGUCAUGUUUGACCACUUACUAAUGCAUCCUUCAAAUUGUGACACCACAGUGAUUCAAGUAAAUAGAUACGAAGAGUAAUUACGGAGCUUGUAAUCAAUCUUAACAUUACUUGUAUAGCGCAAAACACCUUUGUUUGAGUUAAUUAAACUGACAAGCAUUUUUUA